AUGCACCAUCAGGCAUCAGAAUGCAAAUUGUUUAAUGAGUUGUACUAUUGGCUAGUAUUAGGAUCCAACUUAAACGAGAGCCUAUCUCUAAUUAAUGAUGAAUCUUUUGGUCUUUCAACUGAUUUUGUUAUAGCCAUUUUCGAAGAAGAUAAAUUUUUACUAUAUAAUACUUAUAAUCCAAGCAAAUCUAAAGGUGGCUUAUUGAUUACGUCACACUUAGGUGUAUGGAAUAAAAGUAAUGACUUAAAUAAUGUAGAAAUAAAUAAAGUCGAAAGGUGGAAUCUUCAAGGAAUACGUCUUAAAAUUGGAGUAUUUGCAUCAGAAUGCAAAUUGUUUAAUGAGUUGUACUAUUGGCUAGUAUUAGGAUCCAACUUAAACGAGAGCCUAUCUCUAAUUAAUGAUGAAUCUUUUGGUCUUUCAACUGAUUUUGUUAUAGCCAUUUUCGAAGAAGAUAAAUUUUUACUAUAUAAUACUUAUAAUCCAAGCAAAUCUAAAGGUGGCUUAUUGAUUACGUCACACUUAGGUGUAUGGAAUAAAAGUAAUGACUUAAAUAAUGUAGAAAUAAAUAAAGUCGAAAGGUGGAAUCUUCAAGGAAUACGUCUUAAAAUUGGAGUAUUUACAGCCAAUAAACCCGUUGAAAUGUCAAUAAAAGAAUAUUUACAUGAUUACAAUUUCAGACAAUUUGACCGAAUAACAAGACUUGGAUACAUAAUGUGGAAACAUUUAAGUGAAAUGUUUAAUUUUACGUUGGAUUUUUUUGAAAGUAGCACAUGGAAUAAAAGUGAUAUUAAUGGUCCAGUUAUAAAAGCUUUACUAAAAGGUGAUAUAGAUGCAAGUGGGACAGCCAAUACAAUUAAAUAUGAACAAAUUGGCAUACUCAAGAACAUGUUUUAUUUUUCGGAGUACGUCGUCAGAUCAAUGGGGAUCAGCUUGUUAUCAAUAAAUGCUCUUGCUUUCUUACUACUUUUUUCAUCUGAUGACUUUUAUGAGACCUACUUACGUUCAGUCAUAAUUCACAUUGGUGCCUUCUGUCAGCAAAGUACUGAGUUUUCAUCGGAUAGUCUAUCUGGAAGAAUAGCGAUUCUUCAUAUAUUAAUUUCUAACUUACUCCUUUAUAACUAUUAUCUCGCUAGUGCUGUUUCUAAUCGUUUGAGUGAACCCAUUGUGCCUAUAAAUGAUUCUUUAUAUGAAUUGGGAAAAAAAGAUUUCCAGUAUGCUUCAGAAUCAAUAAUUGGAUUCGACCAUUACAUAAAAAGUGAUGAUUCGGAAAUUAAAUCAUUCUACAUCAACCAUUGGUCUAAGAUUCCAGAGUCUCAAAAAUUUGUACCCCCUGAAAAUGGUAUGAACUUGGUGUCAGAAGGAGGAUUUGCAUACCAUACUUUGCCAGAAGUUGGUUAUCCCUAUGUGGAAAGAUAUUUUGACUACAGGAAAAUUUGUGAACUUCAAGAGGUCAAUUUAGUGAAACCCACGCAGUUAUCUAUAUUUGUUCAUAUGGAUAGUACAUUUUUUGAAAUGUUAAAAAAUGGAUUUGCGAGACUAACAGAAGUUGGCGUCAGAGAUCGGUUACUUCAACAAUGGUCAACGACAAAACCAUCGUGUCGAUCAGACAUUCUCACAUCUGACAGUGUUAAAAUAAAAGAAGUUAUUCCAGCAAUAGUUUUUUUGCUGUUUAGUAUGCUGAUUUCCCUAGCUCUACUGACUUUGGAGUUAAUGGUUGCUCUUUAUCAUCAUCAAUAG